CGAAAUUUUAGUUUCUCAGUUUAAAUGUUCUCUCAGAAACAAUGAUCUGAAGAACAACAAUAGGAACUCGUGAGCUAGCUUUCAAUCUUUAUGUGGCAUAGCGACUGCCUCAGAUCAUGGCUUCUCAGGCCACCUGCGAUGACGACUGGUAACAAACUGGUAAAGUUGCUUGAGGAUAUCAUGGAUGACAUCAGAAUAUUGAUAUUCAUGGAUACUAAGAAAGGAUGUGAUCAGAUCACUGGACAGCUCCGCAUGAAUGGUUGGCCUGCUCUCUCAAUUCAUGGAGACAAAAGUCAAGUAGAAAGGGAUUGGGUCCUCUCUAAGUUUAAAGCUAAUGACUGCAACAGAUGUUGCUGCUCAUGGUCUAGGAUGCUUGGGUAUUUCGAGGAGAUCAACUCUCCUCCACCUGUUCUACAUUGUAGUUUUGCACAAACUACAUUGCAGUUUUGGUAAUUACAAUUGGAUUUUUGCUCUUUCCUUGGCCUUCAAUCUCACCAAUUUGAAGAGUAGAGGCUACCCAGAUGAGG